AUGAGUAAAUCUUCAUUUGAAUGGUGUAAAGAUCCAGUCGAUCCAUCAAUUAUUGAUAAUGUACAAUUACAAACUGUUAAAGUUUACGUGCCAUUUACAAGUAGACAAAAGCAAACUACUGGAGCACUAGGAAAACUUUCAGUUAAUACUGUUAUAGUUAUGCAUGGAUCCCAAACCUUAGAUAAACUCAGAGAUCAAAUAAGUUGUGUAUCGGAUCAUUCAAUAUCAACAGAAACCAGUAAAGUACCACUUAGAUGUAAAACUGAAAAUGCGAAGAAUGUUUACAAAUCAGGAUUUUUCUUUAUUGAAGAUAAAUUCUAUAUUGAUUUUCGUGAUCCUAACAAUAAAGAUAAUAGUAAAGUCAUUCGAGAAUGGGCAGAAGCACGAAAAUUUGGUAUUUAUAAGACUGCAAAAAUGGAAGAAACUAGAGUUGAUAGCCUAUGUUUAAAGUUUGGAUUUCCAUGGGUAUACCAACAUCAGGGUGACUGUGAACAUUUAAUUUCUUUUAGUAAUGCUAGACUUGUGGUAUUUACAGUGUUAAUUGGGUCACAACAAGUAACAAUAGAUUGCCACAUAAUCCUUGUUUAUUUUGUGAUUCCUGCUUUAAGUCCUACAAUUAUAUCAGAGAUCUAUGACUAUCAAGAUACAACCUGGGAUCUUUGGUGGUGUGAUACAAGCGACUUAAAGUUUGCUCUAGAUGGUAAAAUCAAACCGCAACAGAGGGUUUCACAUUUCCGCAAUCACAGUGAACUCACACGUAAAAACUAUUUGUAUCGAAAUCUGAAGCGUUACAAAAGAAUGUUAAUAAAAGCAGGAAAGAUAAGGGAAGCUGAGUUUUGCGAUGCCAUGCCCAUUUCCUUUGAAUUACCGCACGAAUAUUGGAUGCUAAUGGAGGAGCAUCGAAAGAAGCAUGGAACCACGUGGAUUGUCAAACCCGCUGCCGGUUCGCAGGGCAGAGGUAUAUUUUUGUUUCAGCGAAUGAAAGAUCUUUCAAACUGGCGAGCAAGAGAAUGUGCACCAGUUGUUAGUACUUCAGAUACUGAUCCAAUACAUUAUCAAGCUACUUACAUUGUUCAAAAGUAUAUCGACAAGCCUUAUUUGCUAGAAGGCCACAAGUUCGAUCUGCGAAUCUACGUGUUAGUGACGUCUUUUACCCCACUGAAAGUUUGGCUUGCGCGCGAAGGCUUCGCACGUCUCUCCGGGGAACAGUUUUCAUUGGAGCGUAUUGACGAUAAUCGAAUUCAUUUAACGAAUAUGUCUAUCCAACUGAAAGCCAAAAAGCAUAGGAUUAAAGCGGAAUCAUUGGAGAAAAGCAUGGCAUCCAACAAUAACGGUCCACACUGGAGCAAACUUGGCCGUAAAUGGGCCCUAUGCAAUCUUCGGCAGUAUCUUACAACACAUCAUGGAGUGGCAGCUGUUAAUGAAUUGCUGCAAAACAUUGCAGGUGUUAUAAUGGCAAGCUUGCAAGCUGUACAAUCAAUUAUAAUACAAAGCCAAAAUUCAUUUGAACUCUACGGCUACGACGUGAUUCUUGACGAGUUAUUGAAGCCCUGGCUUUUAGAGGUAAACGCCUCGCCAUCGCUGAAUGCUACCAGUCCAGAGGACUUUCGAUUAAAGUUUGACCUCAUUGACGACGUAUUAAAUAUCUUGGAUUUCGAGCGUUUGUUGACGGGCUGCGAGACGCGAGUCGGUGGCUUUGAUUUACUUUGGAAUGAUGCACCCGUUUGGACAACUUGUUCUGAGACAGGGAAUGAACGUCAGUCACGGCGGCUCAAUAUAUUUCUAGGAGCACAAAACGAUCGGAUCGAACAACUUCGACGGUUGAGCAGUAAACUGCAAGUGAGAAGAGGACCAAAUGAAAAAGCUUAAUAGCACUCGGCAUUUAUGUAGAUUACAAGAUAAAUAUCAUCAUAAGUAUAUAUAUGAUAGAAUUCCAGAAUUAUUCUUAUGAAGUAUAUCGUAUGUACUUAUACUAAUAAACAGCGAAUAAAUGAUCGUACAUCAGCAUACGAACAAGUAAGAAAAUUAUUGAUCAGGAGAGUUAAUUUUAGUUUUCGGAAUAAUUAUUAUUACCAAA